AUGAGACUAGCCGCGUAUGCUGGGGCUUCGGUGGUCCUCGCCACUGGUGUAUUCCUGAAGGCUCUUCAUCAGAGGUCCAAUUUCUAUUCGGCAUGCGUCUAUCUCUCUCAAAGUAGUGCGAAUUUGAUGAUUCUCACGAACUUAUGUCUUCUCGUCACCGGCUUUGUACUAUUUUGGUUCCAGCGACUUCUCUACGGGCGGUUGCGACCGAUCGAGACGGAGCAACUAUACGAGCGCGCCUGGUUCGCCGUUACUGAGACAUGUCUGGCCAUGACUAUCUUCCGGGGCGAACUUGGAGGCUGGUUUCUGGUCAUGUUUAUCUCGCUGCUGGUUGGCAAGGUCUGGGGCUGGAUUGGCGAAGGUCGCGUGGAGUUCUUAGAGCAACAGCCGCCGGCCAAUCCCCGGUUAUUCCACAUUCGACUGGCGCUAUCCCUGGUACUGACAGUGCUAUUCGAUUCCUUCAUGCUACGGUAUUGUGUGCAUACCGUGAUAACUCAGGCACGACCAGAUAUGAUGGUCAUGUUUGGAUUUGAAUUCGCCAUUUUGGCGAUUCUCUCAACUUCGACUCUCUUGCGAUACGUUAUCGCAUUGACCGAAAUAUCCAUAACCCGCCAGCAAGUAAAAGCCAAAAUAGAGGAACGCCGGGAUGAAAUCCGUGUUGCGCGUAUCGAAGCAAUACGAGAGCAUGCCCGCGCGGGAGCCACUUCGCCUCCUGACGAUCUGCCUGACGAAAAUGAUGUGAACGAGCUUGAAAUCGACGUGCCCGGGUGGGAGGAAAAGGGCCGUUGGGUCUUCUAUCUGGAUCUUCUGACCGAUCUGUUGAAACUCGUGAUUUAUUUGAGCUUCUUUGGUAUUCUGCUCACUUUCUAUGGCCUUCCGAUCCACAUAUUGCGAGAUGUUGUCGUGACCAUCCGCUCGUUUGCUCGCCGUAUUGUGGAUUUUAUGCGUUAUCGGAAUGCAACGCGAGAUAUGAACGAGAGGUAUCCAGAUGCAACGGCAGAAGAGAUCUCCCGGGAAGAUGUCUGUAUCAUCUGUCGCGAGGAAAUGAUUCCGGUUCAGCCGACCCAGCCACCAGUGCUUGAUGCUGCUGGGGAGCCUGCACCUCAGCGCGCCCCUAGAGAACAGCGUGUCCCUGAUCGACUACGUCCAAAAAAGCUUCCAUGUGGCCAUAUACUCCAUUUCGCAUGCCUUCGAAGCUGGCUUGAGAGGCAACAAAACUGCCCCACCUGCCGACGUCCUGUUAUCAUGCCCACGCGAACUCGAGGAGCUGCUGCUGCUGCUGGUCAUAACGCACCUGAUGGUCAAAACGGCGUUGUCCUGCCUGGCCAACCGGAUGCAGAUGGGCAACCUCGUGCUCGAGUUUACCAGUUUGGGCCUUUCCGAAUCGGCUUCGGUGCCGUGCGUGGAGAUCUCUUCCACAACCUUCAGCAACAGGCUCAACGAGGUAAUGCACCGCAGCCCGGGGCAAAUCCGCCUCCAAAUGCGCCGGCGGGGCAAAUUGGAUUUGGAUUUGGAUUCGGCCGCCGUCCACAGGCCCCCACCACCACGCCCGCCCCACACACUGCGCCUCCGGGGCUGUCUUCUGCUGCCGAACUCAGUGCCCAAUUACUGCAAAUCGAGCAAAGGCUCACUCACGAGAUUAACACAAUUCGCGUUGCCACAGAACAAUGGAAUCGUGUACGCCAGCUUCGGAUAGAAUUGGAGCGCUUGCGUGAUCAAGCACACUCUCUCAGCCAAACAGUUCCGCCGCCCAACGCGGGCCUGGCUCCUCCAGCCUUCACAAUGCGUCAUCAAUUCAGUGCCACCUCCAACGCCGAUACCAUGAAUUCUGGAGAUCCUCGUCUGCCAGAGGGGCUCACUCUACCUCCUGGUUGGACCCUCAUGCCCCUACAGCGCAUGGAGAACGGUGCGGGAGGUGUAGCGCCGACCAUACAACCCAUAUCAGCUAAUACGGUGGUAUCUCCAGGGACACCAGUCGUGAGCAGUGCUGCGUCUUCCCAAAUCCCGAUAGUGUCUACCCAAGCUCAAACGAGCCGGAAUGUUGCCCCAGAUAUUGGUACUGCUAUCUCUCCAACGCGCCCCGUAGAUAGGGCCGUUAGCCCGCCAGUAUUGCAGCCUACAUCCACCCCCACCAUCCCUGUAACAGAACACCGUGCAGAGUCUCCCUCUCAAGAAUGGACCGACGUGGCCCCUAGAGGGUCAUUUGAGACAGGCCCGGCUGCUGCCUCCAUUCCUACUACGUGGGGCAGUAACGGGGAAUCUGCUCAGGACGCUUCCAGUCAGGUAGAGACGCGGUCUGAAUUUCCAUCCAGAGGCAAGAGUCGGGCUGCAACGGUUGAAGAAACAGCCGAUGAAGAAGCCUGA